UCUGCUGGCCUUCGAAAUGGGCUCGACUCCCUAGCCUUGAUUUCUUCAAUUGUCCCACUGCAUAUCAACUUUUAGUACGAAAAAACCCCCUUCGCGAUGACAUUUGGAGGUGAAUUUGUAGAUGAGGUGAACCAGGUGUUUUUCCAGCUGGUCUCUGUGCAGGCUGACUGGCUUGCAAGCGUCAGUUCCUGUGCAGUACAGUAAAGCUACCCACUUGGUCAGAGGAUUGCAAUGAAACAAGCUCAGGAGCGCAACCAGGAGUGCCUGCCUCCUAAGAAGAGGGACCUCCCAGGUAGUAACAGCAUUGGAGCUGGAGGGGUGGGGGGAGGUGGUACAGCAGGAGGAGGAGUUGGUGGUGGAGGUGGCGGCGGCGGCGGCAGCGGCAGCGGAGGUGGAACUAAUGCCGGUGGUGCUGGAGAAGAUGAAGUUGGACCUGUCCAAAACUCUGCAGCCAGCAGUGACACUCAGGGAGGGACUGCAGAGUGGCUGCGAGCUCAGCCAGGGCUUCAUUACGGAGUAGAUAAUUCUGAGGGCAUAACAGCGGUGUCUGUUGACCAAUACAGUAUGCUCUACAAAGUGGCACUUCCAUCACCUACAAGUCUUCACCCAGUUUUGAGCCACAUUUCUCCAGCCUACACCGUACACUCACCUCUCCUGCAGCACCCAGGCCUUUCCUAUCCUCCUCUCGGAUAUGCCCAGAUCCCUCAUUCCUCUCUCCAGUUUGUUAGUUCCCCUUAUGCAGCAGUACCUUACGCUCUCCCCCCUGGCUUUGUCCCGGGGUCAUUAAUCUCUCCAACAGGCACCAUUCCUCAGCCCCACACUGUGUCCCACCUUGUUCCCUAUCCAUCUGUCAUACAAGAAGGUGUUGUUUCCCCACCUCCCCAGGCCCAGGUAGCUGCUCACACCUUUGCCAAAGUUGCAGCAACCAGCAGUGUCCCAUUAAUGCAUCCUUCAGAGCAAGCUGCCCAGCAGCACCUCAGCACUGUAGGGGUCCUGUCUGCAACAGAGGUCAGCUCUAGAGGGAUGCCAGUCUACUACCACCCUCAGGUGGCCAGGGCUGCCACUGCAACCAGAGAACCCCACGGUGGCCAGCAGGGGAAUGAACCAGAGAUGAAUGGAGGCGAUAAAGAGCAGGGAGCCAGGGAGGUUGUUGUUCUAGAUCCAGCCUACGCUGCCAGAAAUUCACGUCUGCUGCAGGUAGCAUUCAGCGCUGCAGCGCAGGAGCACAGCCAAGAAAGAGGCCUGCAGAACAAAAGGCAUGAGGGGAGAGUCUCGCCUGGCCAGCGCAGCACUCCAGACAGCGACCUGGAGGUGCAGCAGGUCGUUGGUCAUUUGGCGUCUUCUAGCCAAAGUGGUAGUGGACUGAGGAAAGAGGUCUCCUUUGCGCCUUUAAACCUCUCUCAGGGUGCCCAGAGAGCAAGAGAUGUCCAUGGGGAGAACACAGGCGUAAUUUCGAGCCGGACUGCGUACACGGCGGGGACUGUGAGUUACAGUGACCCCAGAAUGGCAGGUGUCCAUGCACAAACAGGACAACCAGGCCAUGCUGUCAUGAUAGCCAAUGGGCAACCAGUCCUUAUUCCCCUGGAGUAUCAUCUGCCACAUCAGCCACAACUGACACAGCAACACUAUCUAGGACAGGCUAAUGAUGUAUCAGUCAGCUAUGCCUCCACCACCAUGGCCUCCUCUAACCCAAGCUUUAAAACCUCUGAUUCUUCAGCCAGAGUGUGCCUCCCUGAAAGGGCGGAGCAGACCCAAGCUCAGCAGCAACCCCCUCAGCAGCAGCCUCUUGUUCAGCCUGCAGCAGAUGUAACUCAGGCCUUGGCUUCAAGCCACACUCCUGCCCAGGCUCCCGGCAACCCGUCACAUUUUAUGAAGGGGGCCAUCAUCCAGCUGGCCACAGGGGAACUGAAGCGUGUGGAAGACCUGCAGACUCAGGACUUUGUGCGCAGCGCUGAGGUGAGUGGAGGGCUUAAGAUUGACUCCAGCAUGGUGGUGGACAUCCGUGCCAGCCAGCAGAGACCUGGUCUUGUGUCACUUCACUUUACUGUUGGGGAGCAGCAAAGUAAAGUCACUAUUGACGUGCCCCCAGAGCACCCUUUCUUCGUGUUUGGGCAGGGCUGGUCCUCCUGCAGCCCUGAACGCACCGCCCAGCUCUACGGCCUGGCCUGCCAUCAUCUGCAAGUAGGAGAUGUUUGCGUGUCCAUUACUCUGCAGCAGCAGCAGCAGCAGCAGCUUCAGCAACAGCAGCAGAAACAGCCACAGCAUCAUCAUUCACAGCAACAACAACAGAGCCUGCCCAGAACUUUAAGCAAAGCCAACGCCACGUCAGGACCUGGUCACCAGCUCAUGGGUCCACCUGCCCCUCAGCAGUCGAGGCCUACGUCGCAUUUCAGGCUAGAUCGAAUCCAACGAGAGAGACAGAGAGAGGGAGACAAAGAUGCGGUCGAUAGGGAGGAUGCCAGACAUUUUGGGGUUGUUGGGCACACUGAGCCACCCAUCAGACCAAGUAGGACCUCAGCAGAGCAUCCAAGGAGCCAGAGCAGUUUCCAUUUGCACACAGAGGGCUCUACUUUUGCAGGGGCAGGGAUGGCAGCAAUGCAGGCUUCACUAGGUGCUUCUCAGAGGCGCUGGUCGUCACCUGCCCUCCAAAGAUACAGUAUGAAGGGAGACGAAGGGCCACGCCCUCAAAUAAGCACCUCCGGCCACACAAGGCCCUCUUUCAUCCCCCAGGAGAUCAAACUGUCCAUAGAGGGGCGCUCUAAUGCAGGGAAGUAGCAUCACAUUUGGUAGCAACUAUAGAAUGGACUGCCAAGAGUAAGAAUGAGUCUAAGGAGAGAAAGAGGAAAAAAACAAAAAGAGUGCGAAUGUAGCCUCAGAAUGUUUGAGAUUUGCACACUGUAAAUGUAAAAAAAAAAAAAGAAAACACAAGAUCUGUGUCAAUCUGGAGAGAAGUUGUGGUUUUCAAUUAGCCAAAGGAUACAAGGCUGUGCUUUUCCAGCCAGCUGAGGUCUGACAGGGACAUGAAGAGCUGAGUAGAAAGUAUGUAGCUGUUGAGAUCCCUACCAUAGUCCUUACACACUGCAUUUAUCUCAAUCCCUCCCUCCUUUGUGGUCACUUACUCAUUUCCAUGCUAAGAGGUACCCUUUGCAUUCAGAAAACUCUGGCUUCCUUUUUGAUAGAAUUGUCUUUGGAUGACCACAAACUCCAAAAAAAAGUGCUUGUAGCACAGCAAAGCUACCAACUCUGCAGAUUUUGAUGUAUAUACAAGAUUCACAGCCUAUGACUUAUGUCUCCUCCUUUCCUAAGAUCCUGUUUCCUUCAAAAAGCAUUUUCCCCCCAAAAAACUGAGUAGAGUUGCUGACCUCAGUUCCUGUGGUGAUGCUAACAGUCAGUGUAUGUUACAUUACGGCUCUUAAGCAAGAGUCUAAAACCUCUUUUGUCAGCAGAGAUCCUCUCUCAGUCUGCAAAGAACAGUAUCCUCUCUCAGGCCAAGUGUGGCACGCCCCGCUUGUCUUACAAUCAAAGAUGGUGGAAAAUCAAUCAAUCAGUAUGUUCAGCGAUCAGUUUGAACUAAAAGAAGAAAAAAAAGAUUUCUUUCUUCCCUCUGUUUCGUGCCCUCUGUUUUAUGGUGAGGGCCCUUACGUUUGUGCUUGUGUGCAUAAAUGCUGCAGAAUGGAAAGUGUUUACAGAAACAUUUUACAUUCCAGUAUCAUCCGAGAGAAUUUCCAUCACUUCAUGUCAAUCUUAAUACUCAAUAACUUCCCCUCCUUCCUCCUCACUAUACCUCAAAGCUUUCCGACCAGACUGGUGACUAUUGAUGCAAUUUUCAAGAGCAUGAUUAUGGAGGAGGAGGCACUGGCUGGUCAUCACCAAAGCCACCUGCGGGAAUAAACCAGACACAUAUUCCCGUGUCAGAUCAAUGGCUACAAGCCACUGUAGCCUACUUAGAAGGGAUGUGUUUUGUUUGCCUUAGAGAGAAACCCUAUGUGCGGGCAGGUCGGUGGCGAAAUUUGAUGAACUCUUUGCUCAGUUACCAAAUGAAAGCAAUAGUUGUUUUUACAGCACGCUGCUGUAAUCCUCUCCCCCAGGAACCACUCUUUGUGUGGGCCGUUUUAUAUCUCUUUACAUCAGAGGUGUGAGAUCCAACCCUCUUUAACCCUGUCUUUCAAAGAUGAUGCACUAUUUAGAUUAAUUUCUUUGAAGCUUUAUUAUUUUUACUCAAACAAAACCCACAUUCAACAAAAUUGUCAGGAAAUAGCUGAAGCUGAAUAUUCUUCUUUUAAAUUCUGCAUCUCACUGAUGACAUUUACUCAAGUGCAACUAGAAGAAAGGCUGGACUACAUUGCGGUCAUUAUCAGUUUAUUUUAUGUUCUGUCCUUGGCUUGUGUGCUUGGAUCUGCUGUAUGCAGGGAGUCUUUUGAUUGUUUUGUGUUGCACAGAAAAUGUCACUCAUUGACUUCACACUGACCUUGUUUAUAAGAAUCGCAGUACAGUAGAUUUAGAUUUUUUUUAAUGAAGGGAAAAUGUUUGAAGUAUUGUUUUGAGUAUUUUGUGAUUAGAGAGAGAGAGAAAAUGACCUGCAUUUUUUUAACUCUGUUUACAAAUUAGCCAAGUUGAAUGCUGCAGUUUCCUCCUCUUGACACAUGUUAAUCCCUGACAACUUAAAUCCAAAAAAUCAGAAAGGGUAAAACUUAAAAUAAGUGCAAUUAGACCAUACAUAGAAUCAUUUCGAGGUUUAUAAUCAGAUAGCAUUCCUCACACAAACAUUCCCAUUAGAAAGUGUACAUCAAACAGUACCAGUUUUCUUUCUUGCUUUUCUUUUUUUUUACUGUCAUGAUCUUUGGACUGACCUCUGGGAAAAAAACAUUUGAUCAUUUCAUGAAUUGCCUGAUGUAUUACCUUUCAUUGGAUGUACUCAGAAAGCUACUUGCAUGGUUGUUAACUUACUAUGUGACAGAUGUGUUAAUGUUGUACCCCAGCACUAUGAUGUGUCCUUCCUGUAGAGCCUUUGUCCCUUCUGUUUUCACUUGAUGUACAGGCAGACGCUCUGACAGCAGGCAGAUGGGCCUACCAGACUCUCCUCCUCUGGUACUGUCAUUACUAGAAGCUUUAAAGGGGAGAUUGACAUUUGUUCAAGUCUUUCUUUAAAACAGUCCUCACCAUCCCCCGUCAAGAAUUAUUCAAGGUAAUCAUUUCUCAUCCUUGGAACAGUAGCCUCACAAAGAUUUCUGUUCUGAUGCAAAUCUAAUGAAAAAGAUCGUGGGACGAAAUCUAAAGCCAUCUUUCUGUGCAAUAACGUUAUCCAUGCUAAUAUGAGGCUUCAAUCCAAUCAAACGAGUGUUUCGCAAAGUUGCAGUUUUUUUUGUUGCACACAAUUGACUUUUGAAGUAACUGUUGAAUUAUUAUUUUCAUUUGUCCUCCAUUAUUAUUACUACCUUAUUGAUAUUAGUAUCAAUUACAAAGAUAUUGAAAGAAUUGAAACUUUUUUUAUUGUUGGAAAAAUCAUUUCACAAUUUAUCAUUAUAAUUGUAAGAUGUUAAAUUUGCUUUUCUACAUUAAGAUUCAGUACUGUAGAUCAGCGAAUCCACAUGUUGUGUCCCCAGUUGUAUCAGUACGAGCUUUCUGGCCAGGCAUGUGUGCACAUACAACUCAUUUGACUGUGCAAAUGAUGCAAACGUGGCAUGGAUACAGUGAAUGAUUAUGAAUAGUUACAACUUGUGAAACAAGUUUGUAUGGUGAUAAGAUAGACUUGGAAAAACUGUCAAUCUAUCCUUUAAAAUGCUUUGUAAUGAGUUAUACAUCUUUGUUCACACGAGAACACAUCUUGACAUCACAAAGUUCACCACACUGCAUUUGUUUUCAUGCUUUAAGCAAUAGACAUAACCCUGAAAACAUUUCAUUUAGUCUCUGUGUUUUCUAUGCAGUAAACUCACAGUAUUGUAACUUCUUUGUCUUAAGUACGGCUCCAGGGGCAGGUUGGCUGAUGCAGUCAUUUUUUUUUCCCACUGAUGUCUGGUUAAAGGAUUAUUCUAAAUAGGAAUACACACCAGUAUUUUAUUUUGUGGAGUAGUUUUGCUUCUUGUAUAUUUUGCUUGGUUGUCUCAAUCUUCCUACUUAAAGCCCCCUGCAGAGUCUCAGAUCGGUAAACUUUGACUGUCUCUUUUGGUGCCACACAGUCAGAGCCAUAUCACUCAAGACUGCUGUUAAUCAGAUUUUUGUGUGUUGUUUUGGCACCGUUGCCUCGACACUUCAGCAUUUUCUUUUAGGUCAACAUGCAUUUGGGCUUUAAAUGGUGCAUGCAUUGCCACCUGUGAAUUUACCUCCUGUUCAUUCUCACAGCAAAGACCAACCUGCUCUACCAUGAGCCUGUUCGUUUCGGCCCUCUGCUCUGAGCAGUGUGUGCUGCCAUGUUUAACAGGAAAAAAAAACACAAAGAUGUCACAUGACACACAUCCUCUUCACAUUACUGAGUCUGUUGCUGUAAGUAAUUGCACUAAAAGCCCUCUUUCACAGUGUUUUUAUUGGAUUUGAUAAAAGCUGUAGGUAUAUUGAAGAGUUUCAAACUGUUAGAGCACACAGAAUCAUGGAGGAAUUGCAGGUUGUGUGUUUCUGUAGAUAAAUGUUUUUUUUUUUUUUUGUAUAGAUAGCUUUGAUAACGCAUGUUGAUAAUGCCUUAAAUUCUGCUUUGUACAGUGUGUGAAAUAAUGGAAUAAUGCUUCUAGUAGAUUUGGUGUUCCCUUUUCAGGCUGUGUACAAAAGCAAAUCAGAAAUGUCAAGCCGUGACAUCCACUUUGUCUUUUUGUUUCCUUUUUGUCAUGAUCUAUACCGUUACAUUUUUAAUACGUUUUUUCUGCUCACACUUACCUUUUUUAAUUACCUUUCACUGUUUUUUUGUUUUGUUUUUUUAAUGUGCGGAAGUGAAGUAAAUGGAAGCUUUUCUCUGCACUUUUUACAAUACGAUGCCAAGAGUGUCUGCAAUGGAGGGCAGUCCAUUAAGUCCCCAUAUAGACAGCCAGACAUGCACACAUCUGUUGUUUUAUAGUUGCACACGAUCAGUAGGUUUUUUUUCUAUAUAUAUCUUUCAUUAAUGGAUUGUGUUUGGUGUCUUGUGCUUUGACCAACAGUCUCUGGACAAGAGAAAGUGGGUUUGAAUAAAUGGAGGCAGAAAAGCUGCAUAAAUCAGAUAGCUUUCCAUUGAUGGUAAUGUACUGGUUUUGUUUAGUUUUGUGAUGUUGACAGUGGGAUUUCUUUUUUUGUUUUAAUCUUUGUGUGAACAACUUCCUAUAGUUUGAUCCAAUAUUGAACUGCAAAGGUGAAUUGAGGACGGUGUUGGUGUCGCUGAUGUCAUAUGAAUUCAGGAGAAUGAGAACGGUUUCAAGUUUUAAAGAAGUCUGUAUUUUCAGAUUUGAUGAUGUACAUUUUUUUUCGGCACAAGGUGACACUGCUUUACAUGUGACAUGUUAACUAUUCUAAAAACGAAACAGAAAACAGUGUCUUUUCUUAAACAUGCCUAAAUCUGCAAAAUAUAUGCAAUGAUGUAAAUGUAACAUUCAAUCCUCAAGUAUAAUCCAGGUUGUAUGAACUUUGUAUAGUGAGUUUUAAUAUUGUACGGCCGUACCAAUAUGUAUUGAUCUUUAUCUGAAGCCUUAGAGUUGUUGACCGAAAGUGCUCCCUUAGAAUACCCUACACCUACCUGACUUUAACAAAGCAUUAAUAUCUCUAUUUUGUUGCAUUCUUAUUUGUACCGUUUUGAAUAAAAUAGAUUUGUACUGUAUAUUUGUACCUCUCUGUGAACUACUUAGGGCGGUCUUUGUUUUUUUUGUUUUGUUUUGCUGUUUUAAUUUCUAUGUACUUUAAGGACACAAAGAUAUUGUAUUUUUAUUGUUACAGCUAACUUGGAGACAUUGCAUUUAUCAUGUUUGUUAAGUAAACACAAUAUAAUAUAUAUAUACAAAUAUAAAUAUAAACUAUUAUCCAA